CAAAAGUAAUCAGUACAGUGCAGUGUGCCCGUUGAUCGUUUGGUUAAAGUGUUGGCUGAUUGGAAAGUGCUCGGUCACUUUCCUCGAACACAGACAGUAGCUGAGUAGUUCCGAUCGUGCCGAAGCAUGCUUACAGGAUGAACGGCAGAAGAAACCACCUAAUAAUAACGGUGGUACAGCUGGUGGUACUACUGUCGGCUGCGACUACUGCAGCGUUGGCCAGUGAUUUACCCGGUCAGGAAACGUUCAGCUGCCAUCAGCAUGGGCAAGUGUGCAAACUGUGGAACCUGUACUUGGACACGGCGGACGAGGUAUCGGAGGUAACGAUCGAUACCGGGAGCACAUCGUUUGCGGAGGUCGAGAUAUCCUUCUCCUCGCUACCGACGAUCCCUCCGUCACUGUUCACCGACAACGAGAAUGUGGUUUCGCUCAAGAUGGAGGACUGCGAUGUGGAGCUGCUCGAGAAGCACAUCUUUGAUGAUGCGAGCGAGCUAAAGUAUCUACAGCUACCGAAGAACCACCUGACGACGCUGCUCGAUGAUGGCUUUGCACGGGCAACGAAGCUGCUACGGCUCCACCUCGGCAGUAACCGCAUUGUAACGGUCGAGGACUUUGCGUUCCGGGGGCUGGACAAUCUGGAAACGUUGCGGCUGUCGCGCAACAAGAUUGCACAGUUUCCGGCGAAGCUGUUCGCCGGUUUACGCCAGCUGACCGAGCUCAACCUGGAUCACAAUCACGCGGAAACGCUACCGGAUCGGUUGUUCGAGGAGUUGACCCAGUUGCGGGAGCUACAGCUGAACCACAACUACCUGACGACACUGUCCCGGAACGCGUUCAUCGGUCUGUCGAGUCUGAGGAAGCUGAAUCUGCGGGAAAACGAACUGACGACCAUUGAUCCGCUAGCGUUCAGCCCGCUGGUCACACUGACCGAGCUCGAUCUGGAGGGUAACAACUUGAAGCUGCUAUCACCGAACACAUUCGCACCGCUGGUGCACCUGCGGGAGCUGAUACUGGCCGAUAACUACAUCGAACGGCUCGAUGAUGCACUGUUCGCGAGCAAUGGCAAUCUGGAGAUACUGAAACUGAACAACAAUUCGCUCGAGGAGCUGCAACCGGCCGUACUGCACAGUCUGCGCAACCUGGAGGAUCUCGCCCUGCAGCAUAACGAGAUACGAGCGCUCGAUAAGCACCUAUUCCGGACCACGGCCAGCCUUAAGGUGCUCCAGCUGGAGGGUAAUGUGAUUGAGAAGCUAGCCCCCGGUACCUUCGAGGGCUUGCGACGUUUAGAGACGCUCGAUCUCGAGGAUAACAGUCUGUCCUCGAUCGAUGGUGGUAUCUUUGUCGGGUUGUCCGCCUUGGAGAAGCUGUACAUCAGUGAGAACCAGAUCGCGGAGCUCCGGGCGGGAGCGUUGCGUGGUGCAGAUCGUUUGAAGAAGCUCGAGCUGGAACAGAACGUAGUGAGACGGAUCGAUGAACGGUUCCUGGACGAUACGACGCAGCUGCGCACCCUGACGCUAGAGGAGAACCUUAUUGAGGAGAUCCCGGAGCGACUGUUUGCAAACCAGCGCAGCCUGAAGGAGCUCUCGCUGGAGAACAACAACAUUAAGGAGCUACCGGAUGGGUUGUUCGGUGCGAUAUCGAGCUGCUUGGAGGAGCUCUACCUAGCGGACAAUGAUCUGGAGGUGCUGACACCGGCUGUGUUGGAUUUGCCCCGUUUGGAACUGCUCGAUCUUUCGGACAAUAAUUUCCGCGAUCUGCCGGACAAUAUGUUUGCCAAGGUGAAGCAACUGCACGAGCUGUACCUGGACGGUAACAUGCUGGACGAGGUACCGGAUGCACUGCGUGCACUAACGCGACUGUCGACCCUGUCGGUGACCCGGAACCGCAUCCGGUCGAUCGAUCCCCAGAGCUGGAGUAUGAUGCAGCGGUUGAAGGAGCUGUAUCUGUCGGAGAAUCUGAUCGAAAAGCUGGCACCGCAGAGCUUCGAGCGACUCGAAUCGAUCAAGGAGCUUGCCCUUGAUCGGAACCAUCUUCAGUCCAUACCACCGAACAUGUUCGCUCGCAAUGGCAACAUCGAGAAGCUUAAUCUCUCCAGCAACCAUCUGGUGGGUCCGCUGGCGAACAGUUUCGCUGGCCUGUGGAAACUCGAGGAACUGCACCUUUCCGAUAAUCCGCUCGCGCUGGUCGAAUCGAACAGUUUCCGCGAUUUGCGCAAGCUGGAAAAGCUUUCGCUGGAGAACGCGAGCCUUACCGAUCUCAGCGGCAGUCCAUUCUAUGGGCUGUCGACGCUGGAGAAGCUGUAUCUUGACGGCAACGGGAUACAGCGGCUCGAGGGGGCCUCGCUGAGGGGUCUCGAGAUGCUGGAACGACUGUACAUCAAUCACAACCCCGUGGCCCGGAUCGAUAGCAACACGUUCCGCCAGUUGGGUAACCUGCGCAGCAUCACCGUUGGUCCGGGUGCGGUCGAGUUUGGCGAAGAUAUGCUGCAGAACAAUCAGCGGCUGCAGGAGCUGCAUUUGUACGACUGUCUCACUGGACCACUUCCGCCCCGGUUUUUCCACUUCAUUCGCAAGCUGCAAACGCUGGCGAUCGCUAACAAUAAGCACCUGAAAAGCCUCAACAAGCAGUGGUUUAAGGAUUUGUCCAAUUUGAAAACGCUGGUACUAAGCGACAAUGGGUUGGGACAGUUCGAGAAGGGAAUAUUCGACACGCUCGAUGGGUUGGAUGAGCUGUACCUUUCGGGGAAUCCGGUCGGUGAGCUCGAGCGCGAUAUCUUUGCCAAGCUGCUCGGUCUGGAAGUGUUGGACCUUUCCGAUAUGGCACUAACCAAGCUACCGAUGGGAAUGUUCGACAAUCUGUACGAUCUGGAAACGCUUGACUUGGGAGAGAAUCGAUUGGCCAACGGGUUGACAAACGGUAUCUUCCGGAAUCUCUACUCGCUAAGGGUGCUACUGUUGGACAACAAUCGCUUGCAGACGCUGGAUCCGGUGCUGUUUGAUGAUUUGAAGAACUUGCGCGAAAUCGAUCUGAGUGGUAACGAGCUGAGCAGUCUCGAUCCGCAGCUGUUCCACGAUUCACUCGAUCUGGAGCUGCUGGAUCUUUCGGCGAACCAGUUCACCGUGUUCGAUCUGCAGCAGACGGCGUACGCCAAAACCUUGGUAGAACUCGACAUGGACGAUAACCAGCUGACAACGCUCCGGAUCACGGAGGAUCUGGAGGAGCUGUACGUGGAGAACAACCAGCUCACGGCGAUCGACGUCGAUAAUUCUCCUUCGUACAAUCUGCGCACACUCUCCGUAGCGAACAACAACUUUACCGAGCUCGAUUCGCUGAUGCGGUUCAACAAUCUGGAAUCGCUGGAUGCGUCGUACAAUGCACAGCUGCAGAUGCUGCCGCUGGGUGCUGUGUCCAGUGCGAUGUCCGUACUAGAGGUUUUGAACGUAUCGCAUUGCGCGAUCGAGAGUCUCGAUAGCUCGAAUAUUGAAGUGCACGCAUUCCUGGAGCGGCUGGACGUAUCGUAUAACAAGCUGGCUGAGCUAGAUAUGGCCGUGUUUGGGAAUUUUCCAGCCGUCGAAGGAUUUGUGUUCGGUGGUAACCUGUUCCAACAGUUCCCGAUCGAGGAGGUGGUGCACAGCUUCAAGGAUCUCGAGCUGAUCGGACUCGAGGGCACCGAGUGGGAGCCCAGCUUUCUGGAUGAGCUGGAACGCUACAUUGCCGAUCGCGAUUUAAAGUUCUGGCACUAUGAGGAGGAGGAAGCACGUGCUUGCACGAUCGGUCGCGUUAGUACUCUUUUCUGUAAAUGAAACCCUGCUUCAAAGAUGCAUGUAUGACUACGAAUACGGUGAGAUCGAUGGUUUUUUGAAUAAAGGAGGUGACAGAACAAUGAUCAGUUGGUGAUCGUUCCAUAGUUGUCGUUUCAAAAGA